CGCUUUCACCAUCUGGCGGCUGCUGCGCGAAACUUGGGUGCCGAUAUCGCCGAUAUUGCGCCCUGAUUUUGGGGGUGCACAUAAUUUCGUCGUCCCUUUUCCCACCCCUACUCGUAAAUGUCGACACCGGGGCCCAGUCAGGGAACAGGAAUCCCGUCUCCAAAUUAGCGCGCACACUGCCAACUCCAAUCGCGUGAGGUCUUGAGCGGCAUGCGUCCAUCCUCGGCCGACCCAGCUACCGUUUCUGCAGCCCAUCCAAGGUUCCGGUUUGUGAGCUACCGCCGGCUCUCUCAACAACACCGUCGUAGGGCGAUCAGCAAUGCCUGCCGCACUUCCAGCCUCCACUAACUCCGAAGACAAGGGCCGCAUUCCGUCGCCGUCAUCGUGAACAAGAAACCUGGAACCCCCAGCGCAACCUGCCUGCGUGCACGCAGCCCCGGGUAGCGGAACUCCACCCACGCCCGCCGCCGCCACCAACAGGUGUGUUUGUCGUACACUCACGCUUCGUUUUUGCCGAAUAAUUCCGUUCUGGACGCUUCUAGUCCCUACUCGAAAGCCCAGCGGUCGUCCGACAUGUCACGCCAGGCUUGCGGGGUUUGCGAGCGGCAAUGAUUCCCGCGAGCGCUGCCGUUACUCGGAUUAGCUGGCGAUAAUCUCGUUCGUUCCGCCGCCGCGCUCUCCAGGCAAACAAGAUACAUGUGUGACGACAGUGACGUCGGAUCUCCGGUCUCCACUACCGUGAGUUUAUAGUAGUCGUCAGCCUUCGUUGUUUCGUCAGCCAUCGCUGGAGUCUGGGAGGUCGGAAUCGUCAAAAUAGCGAGGAGGCGGCCAUGGCAGACGGGGCUGGCGGGGAGGGCCCCAGGCACAGCACCCUGCGCCGAGUCUUCGGUUGGUCCUCGGUGGCAAACUCCUACGGCGCCGGGAGAACCCUCAACUUGACCAACCCCAGGAACCUGCGGAGCGACAUUCAGCAGGUCAUCAUGGGGCUGAGCCCGCUGAUUGACCGCUCCACCAUCCGAAGCCACAUGGCCCCUUCCUGGCUCCAGAACCAGAGGUCCGGUGAAGACCUGCGACCGCCCGGCGACCCCGGUGGCAACGCCGCUGGACCUUCUGCGGCACCCCUUCAGGGCCGGGGGCCAGCAGGCGGAGGGGUCUCUUCGGGGGCCUACGUGAUCGACAUGGAGGCAGACGUGGGGUCCCCGACGCCGCCACUAGAGAACCUGCGCCCCCCGCCCUUGGAGUCAGACCUGGGGCUGGCCUCAAGGGGGCCCCCUGGCCCCCCCGGGGGCGCCCACGAGACGGGCACAGAGACGGAGGACCGCUGGAACUCCAGCCCUGAGGUGCGGGCCCUGCUGGACUUCGUGGACAAGUACCUCACCUUCGUGCUUAUCCUCCUGCUCAAGCUGUCCUUCGACCACCGCAUCGGGCUGCUGGGGAUCUUGGGCCUCUUCAUUACAUUCUGUCAUGCCAACUCGGUCAUCAAAAGAGAAGUUGGCAAACAGGGGAAGCGGCAGUUCAGCGGCCUGUUCAUUGUGGCCACCAACCUGGUCACUUGCAUAUGCUUCGUCUACUUCGUGCUGGCGGACAAGGGACUGGCCUACGCGCUCAUCUUGGUGCCGCCUUACUCGCACCCGAUCGGGGGCAUGGAGGUGGUGUGGAUCGUGGUGGUGACCGACUUUGUUCUCAAGCUCAUUACCAUCCUGGUGAAAGCCCUCAUCGUUGCCCUGCCAGGGUUCCUCUCUUGCUUUCCCAGGCGGGGAAAGUACUACCUGUUCGUGGAGACGUCGUCACAGGUGUACCGCUCGGUGGUGCCCAUGCAGCACUGGCUCUACUACUUCUCCGAGUCCUACACGGGCUCCACUAAGAUCUUCAGCAUGAUGCUGUCGGGAGCCUAUCUGCUCUGCAAGUGCUCCGACAUAGUGGCCAAGACCAAGGCCUGGAAGAAGUCGCUGAUACAGGUCCUGUCCAAUGUGAACUACGGGCGGACCCCCACUGCCGACCAGACCAAGGCCGCGGGAGAGUCGUGCGCCAUCUGCCAGGACGAGUUCAAGCGUCCCACUGUCCUGGCCUGCAAUCACAUCUUCUGCGAGGAAUGCGUGUCGGUGUGGUUCGACCGGGAACGGACGUGCCCCAUGUGCCGUGCCCAAAUCGCCGACGACCCCAGCUGGAAGGACGGGGCCACCUCGCUGCUCGUCCAAGUCUUCUAACCCCCCUCCGCGGCCGUACACCGUUCGUGGCGGCCUCCGAGCAACGGCGGCAGGACCACCGUCGCCGUCACCUGGGGCCUCCUCGCCUCGCACUGCGGCGCGGCCAGGCGUGCGUGUACAUACCUGUAGGAUGUGUUACAGUUCCCCUUCCCAUCGGCUGCAAUGGCACAGACGCAAAUAAAGGAACAGACCAACUGGUUAAAAAAAUUUUGGAACCUACGUGCCCUCCCGUAA